UCCACUUCUCGAGGCCGAGAUUUACUAGGAGAUGAUGAGCACGUCUGGUCCCCCGCGGGCGUCUUCAACAUCGAGGGCGGCUGUUACGCCAAGUGCAAGGAUUUGCAGCCCGCGGCCGAGCCGGAGGUUUUUGCGGCGAUAAAGUUCGGCGCGGUUUUGGAAAAUGUGAAAUUGGCUGCGGAGAGUCGCGCGGUGGACUUCGCGGAUUGUUCGAUAACGGAGAACACGCGUUGUGCCUAUCCGCUGAGUUUCGUGCCGAAUGCCAGGAUUCCCGCGGUGGUUGACUCGCAUCCUUCCAAUAUUAUUCUCCUCGUCAGCAAACCCUAA